GCAGAUCUGUGUUCUGGAAAUUUCUCUGCUGGCUGGGGUGUUGGUUGUAUGGAAUAGAUCAGGACAAAUAAUUGUAUAUUGCUUCAAACAUUAUAUUAAAAAAAGCCGGGUGACUUCCAUCGGCUCCUAUAAGCCAUGGUGAAGAAGAAUACGGUUCCCGAUGGAUGGCGAGGCAUUGCACCUGUUGGCCGACGUAUACCAAGAACGAGAUUUAUUGCUUUCAAAGUCCCAUUGAAAGGAGCAAUAAGUCAAAGGCUUACAACUAAUCAGAAGUUUUCUCCAAAAGAUCUUAUAGCAAAAAUGAAAGAGCAAAAUGAAGAACUUGGAUUGAUAAUUGACUUAACAUAUACAACUCGCUAUUAUACUGAAAAGGAUUUGCCUAAAAGCAUACAAUAUCAAAAGUUGUAUACAGUUGGUCAUGAAGUACCAGAUGAUGCAACCAUUCUUCAGUUUAAAAGAAGAGUCAGAAAAUUUUUAUGGGAAAAUGCCGACAAUGAUAAAAUCAUAGGAGUUCACUGUACAGGUGGGAUUAAUAGAACUGGAUACCUUAUCUGCAGAUACCUAAUUGAUAUAGAAGAAGUGGACCCUGAUGCAAUAAUUGAACUUUUCAAUACUGCUCGGGGUCACAAAAUGGAUGGAGUUGUAUAUCUAGCUGACCUUCGAAGUGGACCAAUGAGAAGUAAUUUGGGAAUUGAUGUGUUUGAUGCAGAGCCGGAACUGGAACCAGAACUAUUGGAACCUUACCCUCCUCCGUACCCUUUAAGAGCACAUGGUCCUAGGCAUUUGCUUGAUGAUUUUCUGGAGCCCGAUUCAAGGCAUGGUCCACCGUAUAGAGCAUUGCCGCCUCCUGCUCGAGAAUUUGACGUUCCCCCAUAUAAUAGAUGGCGUGACAGGUCACGACCUCUUCCUCCUCCACUUCCUCCACUUCCUCCACCUCCUCCACCACAACUUUCGCUUCUUUACGGUGAACAUAGAUCUCUUCCCCAUUUUGAUGACUUUGGUCCAGAUGAAUACAUUGGACGUUCAAGGUUCAACCAUUUCAAUGAGCACAGAGCGAUACACAGUCUGGAAGAAAAUUCACGUCUACAUAGUAGAUAUGCUCCGUAUGCUACAAGACUUCCAGUGCCUCCGGAUCGCUUCAGGGACGAUUUUGACAGAAAAGCUUAUUCCAUUUCAGGCAGAAGAGAUUUAGAACCACAGGGCUCUGCCCCAAACACUAUUUUUACACGUGAUUAUAAUCAUGGCCAGCCACCUGAACGUGGACCUCGUCUGUGUAAAUUAGCUGGGGGGUUCUAUGAUCAUUUUGAUAGCUUCCGGGACUUUUGAGUGGAACUAAAUAACUACUGUCUUUAAUGUAUCUUCAUUUGUUUUUACUUUUGGGAUGGUAAGUGAGCACUCGUAUUUUUCAUUAGAAGUUUGUUUUAUCCAAGUUUUUAUACUGAGGGACCACAAACCUCUCCACUUUCCCACUUCAAGCCUUUUAUUAUUUCUUUUGGCACCAUAUACGUAGGCGAGAAAGAAUCCUGCUAGCUUCAGCAGUAUGUAAUAUGAUGCAAACAGAAAUAUUUGGUCAAUGGCUUUCUAUAUAAAUCGGUAUGAAAAUAUACUGGCUUGUUUCAAAUUUUUUUAAGAAAAAUUUCUGAGCACAACAGACUGUAGAUAACUUUACAAAAUAAAGUUAGAGACCUUAAAUGUAACAAAAUUGUGAAUUGCACAGGUUGCCUCCGUUGAAUUAACCACCAGAAAUUCAUUUUUGUAUUUGUAUUCUGCACAUGUUUAGAAAUGCAAAAUAUAUCAAGAUCGUAUUUUUAAUCUUGGUCAUUUCUUGCUCCAAAUAAGCCAACUUUUGUGAUGAAACAUGCCGACUUAAGUCUUGCAAUUCAGCGAGGUGGCCCUGGUUAUACCCGCUGAGUUUAUAGAACCAUAUUCAGUCAAGUGGUACUAAAAAUAAAUGUUUGUGUUUCAAAGUAAA